UUUACGAGAAGGUUAAAUAAACGGUAUUUAAAACCAGAACCUUGACAAUAAUUCUCUCACAACUUGUUGGAACAAUGAUAUGUGACUUAUGAAGACCUCUUGGUAAAAAGACUAUAAAAACGUAAUUCUACAACCAACAUGGCGUCAAUACGAUGCCUGAUCCUCUUGGGUCUUAUCUGUCAGUGUUUAACGCUUCCCACAAAUAAAGGAAAAGACAACAGAAAGCUAAAGCAGACAAAACCACUGAACAUGAGAGCGGAAGUAAACAAUAUAAACAAACUGACUACAAUUCAACCAACUAUUCCUACCAAACUUGCUGUCAAUUGUUCAGCAACGCAUCAGACUCACAAAACUGAUCCCAACAAGUUUUUAGUUUACUAUAAUAAAGGUUGGUAUGAACAGGUCUGUCAGACAGGUCUGGUGUGGAACCAGACGUUGUGCAGGUGUGAAUACGCAUCGGAUGCCCUGGAAUUACCCCACAAAUGUCUGGAUUAUCGACCCCAUUCAUUUAAUAGCAGUAAAUACGAACAAAUGGUAAACCGGAAAUGGGUUGUGCGGGACUGUAAUCUAGCAGUUUCAGGGCUAAUAUGGCACCAGACGAUGUGUCGAUGUAUCUGGGGACCUGAUUCCAAUGAAAACUUCGUUCAUGGCGAUGAAGCUCAACCCUGUGACACCAUGUUUAAUGCCACAUUUGAAACUGGGCUCAUCGACCAUGCCAAGUCGUCAUUUAUUGAGCUGAACCCGGGCGCCAUUUUGUCUUUACGACAGAUACAAGGCAAAACGAGCACCAGGGCCGCUUAUUUACAAGACGCCUUUUUAACAGUAUGGUAUUUUGCUGGAAAUGAGAUGAGUGAUUCCCUUCAAAUUGAAUUCAGCUUUAAAGCCGAGAAGAAGUCUGAUACCAAAGAUAAAUACCAAAUCAUCAUGUCAAACGGAUGUAACGUCUCAGAACUGGGUUAUACCACGCCCUCUAUCGCCAUUGGUUUCCGGGCCGAAGAUCAAUCGUUUUUGUUGGCAUUCGAAACCGCCAAUGUUCGCAAGGCCAUAGUCUGUACAAGAGAUCUUCUUCCCUACCAAUGGCAUAAGGUGUCGCUUAUCUAUGAAGAUGGAACUCUCUUACUUCGUGUUGAUGGCCAACCGUGUAUCAUUUCAGAAGAAUUUAGAGGACCUGUGCAGAAGACAUCUUGUCCUAUGACUAUUGGAACUGAUCCACUGGAGAAAGAAUCAAGAUAUGUUGGUUAUCUUGAUGAUAUAACCAUUUCUCGGUACUGUCGACGAUUUGAAGAAGAGGUACCCCAUCCAGAGAACGUUCCAGAACCCCCAGAUAUGAUUGAGAACAAAAUUGACGCUUUCUCAGCAUUAGUAUAAACCAAUAACGUAGAGGGGCGUUUAGAAUAUAGACGGUCAUUACGAUAAAUAAUAUGUGAAUGGCCAUUUCUCUAAAACUACAGUAGUCCAUAAAUAUUCAAAACUUUGUAGUAGUAGACUUCUGUAUUUUUAGACAGCAUGACUAACACAGACAAUGACUGGAAUGUGAUGCGGCAUGUUAAAAUCUAUAUUAAUCUUAUUUCCUGUAUGAUGGACAGAAUUACAUCUAAUGCAAAUUGUAGAUAAUUAAUUACAUUUAUGUAUUUGGUAGUGUUUCAACUUGUGUAUUGUAUUCUUUUAUUUUUUUCUUGACCAGAAAUUGGGCCCCACGCGCUACACAUCUUCUUCUUUUUCUUCUUCUUCUUUGAGGCGACGUGAACUUGGCAUGCCUGUUCCUUGGCCAAUUGCGCAUCAACUGACGUACAUCGAAUUGUGUACCAUCGUACUUGUUCUUAGUUUGGGUUGGCCUACAAUUAAUUAUUUAUCGCUUGGUCUGCAUUUUGGUUUCAAUUGAGAAACUUUAGCUUGAAUACACCUUUCGUAGUGCUCAAUUAAGAUCAAUGUAUUUAAAUUUUUUUCUUUUAUCAGAAUUUACAAAAGUUUUCCAAACCGCUUUUAUCAAAUAACUAUCUCCUUUUAUUAAAAUUUUGGGGUAUUAAAAACGGCCUUAAAGAGUUUCUAUAUGAUUAUGAUUAUAUAAAUUAACCAGCAUACCAUUUACCCGGAAGAACCAUGUUUUAGAAGACGUUCUCUUUAAAUACCUUAACUAAAGCUCUCUAAUAGUAGAAUGUUUAUUCCAUGUUUGGUGGAUGAGUAUAAUAUGUGUUCAAAUAAAACAGUCUACCAUU